UUACUGUUGUUUUUCACAUGCCAGCAUAGGAACGAAAUCCCCUACACAAAGAGCGAGAUGAGCAGCGGCGGAGGUGAGCCCGGCACCGGCGGUGGAGGCGGCGGCUCCGUCAAGACGCCGGCAGAUUUCCUGAAGUCGAUACGCGGACGUCCUGUAGUCGUCAAGCUCAACUCAGGGGUCGACUACCGAGGCAUUCUAGCUUGUUUGGAUGGUUACAUGAACAUUGCAAUGGAGCAAACUGAGGAAUACGUUAAUGGCCAACUAAAGAACAAAUAUGGAGACGCCUUCAUUAGGGGCAACAAUGUUCUCUAUAUCAGUACCUCUAAAAGGACCGUUGGAGAAGGAGCCUGACUGUUUUUUGUUGCUGGACCAACACUUUUUUUUAAAUCAGGUUUGGCAAUUUCAGAGUUUUCCUCUCUGUUUAUCCUUUUUUAUUGUGUUUUUGAUAAAUAUGGCAAAAUUGCGCAUCAUUUUGGACUUGAAAAAUUACAUUUUAUAGGCUCUACUAUUUGCCACUUAAUGUGA